AGUGAGCGACGGUGGCAGGGCGGGGACAUUCUCUCUCCUCCGGAAAACCCUAACCUGGCUGGUGUCGAGAACCAGGUCGACCUCGAUCCGGUAAAAUGGACGGACACUCUUCUCACCUAACAGCACCGAACCGCUCCCGCAGUUCCCAAACUCCGUCUCCAUCGCACUCGGCCUCUGCCUCUGCCACCUCUUCUCUCCACAAGCGCAGGCUCGCCGCAGCUGUAUCUGAGGAUCACGCGCCACCUUCCUUGUUUCCUCCUUCCUCCUUCUCCGCUGACACCCGUGAUGGUGCGCUGACCUCAAACGAUGACCUCGAGAGCAUAUCUGCUCGCGGAGCUGACACUGAUUCCGACGCGGAUGACUCAGAGGACGCCGUUGUUGAUGAUGAGGAGGACGAAUUUGAUCACGAUAAUGAUUCCUCUAUUCGCAACUUCACUGCCGCUCGUCUCGAGUCCGGCGCUGGCGCAGGUGUUACUGGCUCUGCCAGGAACACCAAGCUGAAGACUGAGAACUCAAAUGUUAAAAUUGAGAGUGUGGAUGUCAGGAAGGACGGUGGGGGCCCCGGGUCUAUAUCAUCAGGACCCACGGCUGCUGCCGCAGUAGCAGGAAACUCGGUGCCGGGAAUGCUCGUGAAGGAGGAUGAAGUUAAGACACUUACCGAGAAUAUACCGACUAGUGGAGCUUAUAGUGCCAGAGAGGAGAGCUUGAAAAAAGAGGAGGAAGCAGGAAGACUCAAGUUUCCAUGCUGUUGGAAUGAUGGUGUUGAUGAACAUAUGAUUUGGUUGAUUGGAUUGAAGAAUAUAUUUGCCAGACAGCUACCCAACAUGCCUAAGGAGUAUAUUGUCCGCCUUGUGAUGGACAGGAACCAUAAGUCUGUGAUGGUUAUCAGACGUAAACAGGUUGUUGGUGGCAUAACAUAUCGCCCAUAUGUCAGUCAAAAAUUUGGGGAAAUAGCUUUCUGUGCAAUCACAGCAGAUGAACAAGUAAAAGGUUAUGGAACUAGAUUAAUGAAUCACUUAAAGCAGCAUGCACGUGAUGUUGAUGGGCUAACACAUUUUUUGACAUACGCUGACAAUAAUGCUGUUGGUUAUUUUAUUAAACAGGGUUUUACCAAAGAGAUUCACUUGGAGAAAGAAAGAUGGCACGGGUACAUUAAAGACUAUGAUGGAGGAAUCCUCAUGGAGUGUAAAAUGGAUCCAAAACUUCCAUAUACUGAUUUAUCAUCCAUGAUUCGUGAUCAAAGACUGGCACUUGAUGCAAAGAUAAGGAAACUUUCGAACUGUCAGGAGGUGCACAAUCCAGAGAAAGUAUUUGGUUUUGAUCAGAAGAAUGAAGCUGGAUUUCCUAAGAGGAAGGUCAAAGUUGAGGAUAUCCCUGGUUUGCGGGAAGCAGGGUGGACUCCUGAUCAAUAUGGACAUUCACGGUUUAGCAGAAUUUUCAGUGCUUCUGCAGACGGUGCCACAAAUCAAAAAAGUUUGACUGCAUUCAUGCGCACACUUCUAAAGUCCAUGCAUGACCAUGUGGAUGCUUGGCCUUUCAAGGAACCAGUUGAUCGCCGUGAUGUCCCUGAUUAUUAUGAUAUUAUUAAAGAUCCAGUGGAUCUGAAAACCAUGUCAAAAAGAGUUGAAUCCGAUCAAUAUUACGUAACAUUGGAGAUGUUUAUGGCUGAUGUCAAGAGGAUGUUUACCAAUGCACGCACAUAUAACUCUCCUGAUACCAUAUAUUUUAAAUGUGCAACCAGGCUUGAAAGCUAUUUCGAUACCAAAGUUCAAGCUGUUACCCAGCCUGGUACCAAAGUUCAGAAGUGAGAAGAUGAAUGUUUUAUGUUUUGCUAAGAAAAUUCCCAGAGAUGCAUAAUUUAUCUGUACUAUUUAUCUCAUCCUUGUCUGAUAUGAUUCGUGUAUGAAUAAGUAGUAAAUGGAAAGAGCAUUCAAUCUCGUGU